GAGCGUAGAGCGAGGCGGAGCAUGCGCAGGACAGCUCAGACCUGUGGAGCCUGGACCGCUGCUUACUUCGGAGCUGCAGUUUGGAGUUUGUCCAGCGCCUUUGUGUCUCUCAUGUAAUCUGAUCUUGAACCAACUGUGCCCCACUUUUUCCUGUUAUCUUCAUUUAUGGAGAAGUUAAGGUACCCGGGAGCAGGAAAUACUCCACUCAUUUGGUUCUUGAGAUGCACUCCUUGUGUGAUGAUGCUGUGGAGAGGUGAUGUGGGUUAACUGUUCUUUCAACUCCCAAGCAUGCUUCACCAGGAACUCAACAUAAAGACAAGGGGUCAGUUUCAAGAGGCACACAAGGUGAUGUUCUGCAGACUUCGGACUCACCAGUGGUGUUUCAUUCUGUUUAAUGUCAUCCUAUUUCAUGCCUUGCUUUUUGGGGCUGAUUUUGUGGAAGAAUAUUUUCUGCAUGCUUUGCCUUAUGUAGAUAUAAAGGUUCUUGAAAUUAAGGAUAAGGCAAGGAAAUUGAACAUGGAUCCUGUAAGAAGUAAUCUUUCCAAAUAUUAUAUCCUGAGCCCAUCGGAGGUGUGUAAAGGGAAGAACAUAUUUUUGCUCUCUCUUAUCUUCAGUAGCUCAGGAAAUGGAACAAGGCGGGACCUCAUCAGGAGAACCUGGGGUAACGUGACCAGCGUUGGAGGGCACCCCAUUCUCACUCUUUUUGCUUUGGGAAUGCCUGUUUUGGUAACUACUCAGCAAGAGAUAGACAAAGAGUCCCAUAGGAAUAAUGAUAUCAUUGAAGGACUCUUCUUGGACAGUGCUGAGAAUGAAACUCUGAAGAUCAUCACAAUGACGCAGUGGGCUGUGACUUUCUGUCCUAAUGCCCUGUUCAUUCUGAAGGUUGAUGAGGAGAUGUUUGUUAAUUUACCAAGCUUGGUAGACUAUCUUCUCAACCUGAAAGAACACCUUGAAGAUGUCUAUGUAGGAAGAGUUAUCCAUCAGGAUUCACCCAACAGAGACCCUAACAGUCAAGAAUUUGUCCCUCUUAGUGAGUACCCAGAAAAGUAUUACCCAGAUUACUGCAGUGGUGAGGCCUUUAUUAUGUCCCAAGAGGUGGCUCGGAUGAUAUAUGUGGUUUUCAAAGAAGUAACCAUGAUGGUGCCUGCUGAUGUGUUUGUAGGAAUUUGUGCCAAGUCCAUUGGCCUUAUACCUAUCCACAGUUCAAGGUUUUCUGGGAAACGGCACAUCAGAUACAACAGAUGUUGCUAUAAAUUCAUUUUCACAUCCUCAGAAACUACAGAUGCUGAAAUGCCCUUGGCAUGGAAGGAAAUUAACAAUGGGAAAGAAUGUACACUGUUUGAGACUUACUAUGGGCUCAUUUCCUGCAAACUUCUAACAUAUCUUGACAGCUUUAAACGUUUUCACAUGGGUACCAUAAAAAACAAUGCCAUGUAUUUUGGUGAUUAGGAUUUGUUUUUCUUAUAAGUGUGUUUUUAAAUUACCUCCUACUUCGUUAUAGAAAGCAUCCCUCCUUCCUUUACGUAGUUUCUCUGAAUCUUUAAUUGUAUUCAGCAGGUUGCAAAGUGUUCUUAGUGCUCUGAUGUAUUACACCGUGUUGAGAUCUCAUUUUAAGAAAUUUAACUUGGUGUAGCAUGAUUUUUGUCAAAAUAAAGCCUCUCAUUCAGAAAAGAGAGAAUAUUAAAUUUAAUUCUAACCAAAAGGUUUGUUUGUCCUUACAAUGAGUGAAUUUUAAAAGUCGCAUUCUAUGGAACUGUCAUGACUCAGUGAUAGCAGCAGUGACUGAUUUGAUAAUGCCCGGAAUUAAAGGAAAAUGAUAAAUAAGGAAUUUAACAAAAUGUUCAUCUUGUCUGCAGCAGGAAACAUUUUGGUCAUCUGGGUGGUGGAAUUACAUUUAAUUUAAAAGUAUUAGCUACCUAGUACAUAUUAACUUAAACCUCACUCGUAUUGGGCUUGGAUCUCUCACUUUUGUGAAACAUUUUUCAUCAGGUCCUAACUGGGUAGUGCUUUACAGAUGGGAUGGCACAAAUUCACGUUUCAUGUGACGUAUACACUCUGUAUUAGUAUCCCAGGGAUGCCAUAACAAAGUACCACAGACUGGGCGACUUGAAAACAACAGAAACUUAUUUGCUGGAAGUUCUAGAGACUAAAAGUCUGAAAGCAAGGUGUUGGCAGGGCCCUGCUCUUUCUGAAGCCCCUAGGGGAGAAUCCUUCUUUGUCUCUUCUUGCUCCUGGUGGUUGCCAGCAAUCCUUGGCAUGCUUUGAUUUACACACGCAUCACUUUGUCUCUGCCUCCAUCUUCACACGGCCUUCUCCUGUGUUUGUGACUUCACAUCAUCUUUCCCCUGUGCUGUGUCUGGGUGUCCAAAUGUCCCUCUUCUUCUAAGGACACCAGGCAUUGAAUUAGGGCCCACCCUAAUGACCUCAUCUUCACUUGAUUACAUCAGCAAUCAAACAAAUCAAUGGCCUAUUUCAAAAUAAGGUCACAUUCACAGGUACAGGGUUAGGAUUUCAAUAUAUCUUUUUAGGGGAUGUAAUUCAACCCACACCACCUACUUUCUGAUUUCUCUUGUACGACGACUAGGCAAUAGAUUGUAGUUCCCAUCCUGGGCUUCUUGGGAUUUUAGGUUUCCCCAAAGUAAUACACUUUGAAAAUCUCUGCCAUGACACCUAUUAUGAUCAUAUUUUUAGAUAUGUUACUGAACUGUAUUGAACCUCAGUUUAGGUACAAAAUCAACCUUGUAGGGAUUAUGGACUAAAUAAGUCAAGUAUUUAGCAUUGGAUUUGGUCCAUAGUAAGUGUGCAUCAAGAAGAAAAGGCAGCAUUGAAGGACGUAUGUUCUGAGUUAAACAGCUUAGGUUCAAAUCUUGGCUCCACUUACUUGCUGUCUGACCUUGUGCAAGUUCCUUAACUUUGCUGUCUCUCGUCUCAUGUGUAAACGGUGUAAUCACAGUACCUAACUCCUGGGAGUGAGAGGAUAGCAACAUAUGUUAAUAUAUGAAAAGCUUUUAGAACAAUGCCUGACACACAGUAACUGUUUGCUAUUAUCUCCAAAAUAUAACCAAGUAACAAAAGAGGAACACAUCUGACUAACCAUCAGAAAGCUAGGUUAACAUUUUGGCUCUGGGCUGUGCCACCUGUACAGGGUACUUCAUUUCUCAGGCUUAGUAUCUUUGUCUGCAAAAUGUUACUUAACUUGUACAGCUGUUAUGAGGAUAAAAUGAGAAUAUGCAUACCAAGGGCCUAACAUAAAGUAAAUGCUAAGAAAUGGCAGCUAUUAUUAAUAAUAAAGAACUUUGCGAUUUUCCCCUUUAAAUUCUAGGCUUUGGUCACUGAAUUACUUGUAGUUCCCUAAAUGUGUUCUUGUUUUCCUAGCUGUACCCCUGCUUGCUCUGCUACUUCUCUCUAUCCUUCACUCGACUAUCUCCCAUGAGUUCUUCAAGAUGCGAGGGAAAAUCUUCCCUCAGGUCUAGGGUAGGUGUUUUCUGUUUUCCUCUAUUUUUGUAUUUACUAUAUACUAAUUUUCUAUUGAUCUGUUUUCCUCCACUAUUAGCCACUUGCUACCUGUGUGAUUUUGGAAUAAGCUACUUAACUUCUCUGAGCCUCAGUUUCUUCAUCUAUGAAAUAGAGAUCUAAAAAUUAAAUGAGGUGAACUUAGGACAAUGUCUAAUUCUUUUCCCAAAGCCAGGCACAUGAGCAGUCAAGAAGAGUUUAUUUAUUAAAUGCAAAAUAAAAUAAUAGUUUGCAAAUUGUAUUUAAUCUUAAAAAAAAGUCACAGGUGCAAAAUCAGAAUCAGCAUGUAGGCCAUACCUAGGAGAGAGGGCAAUCCUUUGAACUCUGUUGUUAAAUGACUAACAUCAGCAUCACGAAUGAGAUUAAACAAAAGUCACCUUAAAGAGAGAGAAUGUUCCUCAGUCCAGGGAAGUCCUGGCUGUAGACUAAUUAGUGGUAUUAGCAGUAGGGAAAUGGUUGAUAUGGAAAAAGGAGACUCAGGGAUACCAGAGAUGGCAGAAGAGAGAUGAUCAAUCUGGAGACAAGCGAAUUCUAGUCACUUGAGAACCAUUUUGUUACAAAGCAGGGAUGGUUUAUCAACAUCACCAUGGACUAAAAGAGACCUAUCUCUAGAUUCUCAAGUGUCACACUAUGAUACCACACUCAUACACAAACCUCUGGAUUGGCGAUGGGUACGCAGAGUGCUUUGGUAUUUAGAGAGCAGGGCACUGGAAAACAGGUGGGAACAUGUUUUGGUCAGUGAAAAAGUGCAUCCCUUGCUAAUCAAUGAGAUGGAAUCCUAGUUUAUACAUAGCGUCCCUUUCGUUCUAACUCAGGUUAUUAGGAGUCAGUUUCCUUCUCUCUGAUCCACUCAAUAUUGACUUGAUGAUUCUGAAAAAUUUUUUAAAAGCAAAACCCUCAACAAUGACGACCCACCAGUAAAUAAAAAGACAGUUUGGGGACAUUUCCAGUUUAGUAUACUAUUACUCCUCCUCCUCCAAAACCACUAUAGAGUAAAAUUCAUAGAUAAACAGCAAAAAAGCAUCAAAGAACACCAGAAACAUUUUUAAAAGGUUUAUUUACUGUUUUUCAAAGGAAUAAUAGUAACAAAAAAAUCAGAAGAGACCUUAUUAAAAGUAUUUAUUCUUAGUAUGAAGAACAUAAUUUUAAGAUUCCAUAUUACUUGUUUUUCAAAUAAUAUUUAUAUCCAAGACUUUGAAAGUGGCAUCAGAAGGGGGAAAAGGACCAAAAAAGAACAAAAAAA